AUGCCGCCAAAGAAGCGAAAGUUGAACAAUGCAUCCGAGGGUUCGACUCCAGCUCGAACUCUUGAUUACUUUUUCGGAAAGCAGAAUCAGAAAAGCUCCCCAAGACCAUCCUCAACACCGGACCCGACGCUACCGUCAACCCAGAUUGAUCAGACAGAUCAGAUCUUGACCGAUGAAAAGCUUGCUCAAAAGCUCCAGGCCGAGUUCGACGCCGAAGCGAGGGUUUUCUCUGCAAGCCAACAACCUCCUGAGCCAGUCCAACCUCAAGUUACUAGUCCCAAGAAGUCUGCGCAGGCUGAUGCAGCACCAGAUACCACAAAAUUAUCAACACCUAAGCCAACCGUUGCUCAGAAUAUCCUGUCUCUCUCCGCAACACCAUCCUCGGAUGAUCCACUCGUCGCUUCCCUUCCGCUCGACGAGAAUCCCCUGACUUUCGCGCCAUCCAAGUGUUUGCCAGGCCUUCUUCCCUCUUGGACAUCCGAAUCUGGGGCUCCCUACGCCCUCCUAACACGGUGCUUCACUCUUGUCAACAACACUCAAUCUCGCAUCAAGAUUGUUGACACCCUAACCAACACCCUCCGACUGCUCAUCGAAGGAGACCCAGACAGCCUUCUCCCUGCAGUAUGGCUCUCUACCAACGCCAUCGCACCUCCUUGGGUCCAGGGUAUGGAGCUCGGCAUCGGCGGGGCGGCAAUAUCCAAAGCGCUGAAAACGGCUUGUGGAUUGGAUAACAGGGCGCUGAAGGCACUGUAUGAUAAGGUCGGCGAUGCGGGAGACGUGGCCUUUGAAGCCAAGAAAAAGGGGGGCUUUACCUUUCGGAAACCAAAGCCUUUGACUAUUAAGGGCGUCUAUCAAAGUUUGGUGAAGAUCGCGAAAGCUCAGGGGCCAGGGAGCGGAGAAACCAAGCAGAGAAUUGUCGAUCGGUUGUUGCAGGAUGCUAGGGGUGGUGAGGAGAGUCGAGCUUUCUUGCUCUCCAUCCCUCCAAAUGCUUCAUACAACGUCCCGUAUACUCAAGAAGAGCUUCGCAAACUCAAAAAGGACUCUCUUGCCGCUAUCUAUGCCAAAACUGAGACCUUGCUCAAGACCCUCUUCGCGCGUCAUCCAGACUAUAAUGCCCUGAUACCAGCCCUCUUAAACCAUGGGAUCUCCUCUGCCGACAUCUUGCUGGAGAAAUGUGGACUUACUCUGCACACACCUCUUCGCCCUAUGCUGGGGAGCAUUACCCGUGACUUGGCUGAAGUUCUUUCACGGCUGGAAGGUCGUGCCUUUGCUUGUGAAUACAAGUAUGAUGGACAACGAGCACAGGUUCAUUGUUCAUCUGAUGGCCAUGUGUCCAUAUACUCUCGCCACUUGGAGAACAUCACGGGACAAUAUCCCGAUCUGGUAGCUCUCAUCCCACAAAUCAAAGAGGAUGAAGUGGAGGGCUUCAUCCUCGAGGGCGAAGUUGUCGCCGUUGACAAGGUGACAGGGGCAUUGAUGCCAUUUCAGACGCUCGCAGGUCGCGGGAGGAAAGAUGUUGACCUGAGCAAGGUGAAGGUUGAUGUCUGUUUGUUCGCCUUUGAUCUCAUGUAUCUGAAUGGAAAGGCGUUGUUGGAAGAGCCCUUUCGUCGCAGGAGGGAGCUUCUGAGGACCAAAUUCAAGGAAGUCCCUGGGAAGUUCACCUGGGUUAAGAGCCAGGAUGCGACAAGCGAAGACGCAGAAGCAAUCCAAGAAUUCUUUAAGAAAGCUGUCGAGGACAAAUGCGAAGGAAUCAUGGUCAAGCUACUAGACCCUGAGCCCGGUGCCGACCUCACCAACGCAGCCCUUGGCAACGACGAGGACCCAGCCCUGCCUGAUCCCGACUCAACCCCCUCCCCAAGCAAGAAAGGCUCCAAGCCCUCCCUCGCCGAAAAGAAGCCCCGCCGCAAGCCCCUCCUCUCAACCUACCAACCCGACAAGCGCCUUGAGUCCUGGCUCAAAGUCAAAAAAGACUAUACCGCCUCGCACUCCGACACCCUUGACCUCGUCCCGAUCGCAGCCUGGCAUGGGCAGGGCCGCAAAGCCCGCUGGUGGUCGCCCAUCCUGCUCGCAGUCCGGAACGACGAGACUGGCGCCCUCGAGGCGGUCUGUAAGUGCAUGUCUGGAUUUACUGACGCGUUCUACAGAGCCAUGCGGGAGUUUUAUGAUGAUGGGGAGGUUACAGGCGAGAGGAAGAAUACUCAUCCCCGGAGGCCGGGAUGGAUCGAGUACAGCGGGCCAGAGCCGGAUGUGUGGUUUGAGCCGUGCGAGGUGUGGGAGGUGGCGUUUGCUGAUGUGACUGUUAGUCCAACGUAUACGGCGGGGAUGGGGAUGGCGGUGGAGGACAGAGGGUUGAGUUUGCGGUUUCCGAGGUUUUUGAGGAAGAGGGAGGAUAAAGGGGUUGAGGAGGCGAGUUCAAGUGAGGUGCUCGUGAGGAUAUGGAGAAAGCAGAUGGAUCGGGGGAAUGGGAAGAGACAUAGGGAGGAAGCAGAGGGAGUAGAGAUUGAGGAAGAGUAA